UCUCUUAUAUCUUCGAUUUAAGUCCGCCAUAAAGCCCAUCUUCGAAGCAAAGCAUCCAAACGAGGUCGUUUUCAGUUCCCCAUUACCCCUUCCCGGAGAUACCCAACAAUUCCGAUUAAACGCCGACAAAUUGUUGAUUGUUGAUGCAGUGAGUGAGUGAGUGAUAGUUUUGACGGAAAUGGAAAAGGAGGUUCAGUCGAAUUACACAUACAUGGGACGGAGCUUGAACGAUCUGAGCAUCAACGACGAUUCGGCAGCUUUCAGUGACUGCAACAGCGACCGAUCCGGCGAGUUCUCAACGGCGUCGUCUCAGAGCCGGCGACUCCUGGUCGCCUGCGCUACGGAGAAUUCCGACGACCUGAUCCGGGAACUCGUCUCCGCCCUCGAGGCGAGCUCAAUCGAGGAUCAAAAGCAAGCGGCGAUGGAGAUCAGGCUCCUCGCCAAGAACAAGUCGGAGAACCGAAUCAGGAUCGCUCAAGCCGGCGCGAUCAAGCCGUUGAUUUCGCUGAUCUCGUCGUCCGAUCCUCAGCUUCAAGAAUACGGCGUCACCGCAAUUCUAAACCUAUCUCUCUGCGACGAGAACAAGGAGCUGAUAGCUUCAUCGGGAGCGAUCAAACCACUGGUCAGAGCUCUCAAGGUCGGCACAUCAACGGCGAGAGAGAACGCCGCGUGUGCUCUGCUCCGGUUAUCGCAGAUUGAGGAGAACAAGAUCGCAAUCGGACGGUCAGGGGCGAUUCAACCACUGGUGAGUCUUCUAGAGAACGGCAAUAUCCGCGGGAAAAAGGACGCGUCGACGGCCCUGUAUACGCUGUGCUCGGCGAAGGAGAACAAGAUCAGGGCCGUCCAAGCCGGGAUCAUGAAGCCGUUGGUGGAAUUGAUGGCUGAUUUUGGGUCAAACAUGGUGGACAAGUCGGCGUUCGUGAUGAGCGUGUUGGUGUCACUGGCGGAGGCGAGGACGGCGCUGGUGGACGAAGGUGGGAUUCCGGUGCUGUUGGAGAUCAUAGAGGUUGGGUCCCACAGACAAAAGGAGAUCGCGGUGGCGAUACUGCUGCAGAUUUGCCAGGAUAGCGUGUCGUACCGUACUAUGGUAGCUCGCGAAGGAGCUAUUCCUCCGUUGGUCGCUUUGUCACAGUCCGGGACCAAUCGGGCUAAACAAAAGUCGGAGGCAUUGAUUGAGCUUCUACGGCAACCAAGAUCCGGUAACCCGGCCGCAAGGGCGUCAGAAGUGUCAGUUUAAGUGGAGCCCACAUCCCCAAUGUAAUCAUACAAUCAGAAAAUCAAAAUUCCAAAGAAGAAAAAGGAAAGGAAAAAAAGAGAAGAAAAGAAAAAAAAAAUCUGUACAUAUCUUGUGUUGUAACGAAGCUUGUAAAUUGGUUUUUGGUGAUUUUGUUUUGAUAAUUUGGAGUUUGGGUCAACAACUCUUCUGUUUAUUGGAUUGAAAAAUAUGAAGAAAUAGUUUGGUUUGAUUCUA